AUGAAGAUCUUCGUGGGCAACGUGGACGGCGCCGACACGACGCCCGAGGAGCUGGCGGCGCUCUUCAAGCCCUACGGCACGGUCAUGAGCUGCGCCGUCAUGAAGCAGUUCGCCUUCGUGCACAUGCGCGAGAACAUGGGCGCGCUGCGCGCCAUCGAGGCCCUGCACGGGCACGAGUUGCGGCCGGGGCGCGCGCUGGUGGUGGAGAUGUCGCGCCCGCGGCCCCUCAACACCUGGAAGAUCUUCGUGGGCAACGUGUCGGCCGCCUGCACGAGCCAGGAGCUGCGCAGCCUCUUCGAGCGGCGCGGGCGCGUCAUCGAGUGCGACGUGGUGAAAGACUACGCGUUUGUUCACAUGGAGAAUGAAGCAGAUGCCAAAGCCGCCAUCGCGCAGCUCAACGGCAAAGAAGUGAAGGGCAAGCGCAUCAACGUGGAACUCUCAACCAAGGGUCAGAAGAAGGGGCCUGGCCUGGCUGUCCAGACUGGGGACAAGACCAAGAAACCAGGGGCCGGGGAUACGGCAUUCCCUGGAACUGGUGGCUUCUCUGCCACCUUCGACUACCAGCAGGCUUUUGGCAACAGCACUGGUGGUUUUGAUGGGCAAGCCCGCCAGCCCACACCACCCUUCUUUGGUCGCGACCGCAGCCCUCUGCGCCGUUCACCUCCCCGAGCUUCUUACGUGGCUCCUCUCACGGCCCAGCCAGCCACCUACCGAGCCCAGCCGUCCGUGUCGCUGGGAGCUGCCUAUCGGGCCCAGCCGUCUGCCUCUUUGGGUGUUGGCUAUCGGACUCAGCCCAUGACGGCCCAGGCAGCCUCUUACCGCGCUCAGCCCUCUGUCUCCCUCGGGGCUCCGUACAGGGGCCAGAUGGCCAGCCCUAGCUCCCAGUCUGCCUCAGCGUCCACCCUUGGCCCGUAUGGUGGAGCCCAGGCCUCAGCCUCGGCGCUGUCCUCCUACGGGGGUCAGCCUACUGCGGCUUCCUCACUCAACUCCUACGGGGCACAGGGCUCCUCCCUCGCCUCCUAUGGUAACCAGCCAUCCUCUUAUGGGGCGCAGGCUGCCUCUUCCUAUGGGGUUCGUGCUGCUGCCUCCUCCUACAGCACCCAGGGAGCAGCUUCCUCCCUUGGCUCCUAUGGGGCACAGGCAGCCUCUUACGGGGCCCAGUCUGCAGCCUCCUCACUAGCAUAUGGGGCACAGGCAGCUUCUUACAAUGCCCAGGCUUCAGCCUCUUACAAUGCUCAGUCUACCCCAUAUGCUGCACAGCAGGCAGCUUCCUACUCAUCUCAGCCUGCUGCCUAUGUGGCACAGCCAGCUACAGCGGCCGCCUAUGCCAGCCAGCCAACCGCCUACGCCGCACAGGCCACUACCCCGAUGGCUGGCUCCUAUGGGGCGCAGCCAGUUGUUCAGACCCAGCUGAACAGUUACGGGGCUCAAGCAUCCAUGGGCCUGUCGAGCUCUUAUGGGGCUCAGUCAGCUGCCGCGGCCACUGGCUCCUAUGGCGCUGCCGCGGCGUACGGGGCUCAGCCCUCGGCCACCAUGGCUGCUCCUUACCGCACUCAGUCAUCGGCCGCGUUGGCUGCUUCCUAUGCUGCCCAGCAGCAUCCCCAGGCAGCUGCCUCCUACCGUGGCCAGCCAGGCAGUGCCUACGAUGGGGCAGGUCAGCCAUCUGCAGCCUACCUGUCCAUGUCCCAGGGGGCCGUUGCCAACGCCAACAGCACCCCACCGCCCUAUGAGCGUACGCGUCUCUCCCCACCCCGGGCCAGCUACGACGAUCCCUACAAAAAGGCUGUCGCCAUGUCGAAAAGGUAUGGUUCCGACCGGCGUUUAGCCGAGCUCUCUGAUUACCGCCGUUUAUCAGAGUCGCAGCUUUCGUUCCGCCGCUCGCCGACAAAGUCCUCGCUGGAUUACCGUCGCCUGCCCGAUGCUCAUUCUGAUUACGCACGCUAUUCGGGCUCCUAUAAUGAUUACCUGCGGGCAGCACAGAUGCACUCUGGCUACCAGCGCCGCAUGUAGGGCCAUCCUGGAAUGAGGCACCACAGGAAGGGAAAGAGAAGCGUGGGUGGGUGUAGGCCCAGGGUUAACUACGCUGACCCAGACUCUGGUUUUCGGUUUUUCAUCCCCUUUACCCUGUGGGCUUUCCCCAGGAGACGAUCCCUUUGAGUGUCGGCAGUAAUCUUUGUUCCUUAGCCUCUGCAGAAAAUCUUGCUACUGGCUCUCGAUGUGCGGUUCCCCUCUCUGCUGCCUUCCAUCACUCAAGGAUGGGAAUUUCUUUUACGUUUUAUUAUUACUAUUUUUUUUUUUGCUCCCUUUUAUUUUUGUGCGCGAUAUUUAAGGUCUUCUGGAAGGGGAAGCAGCCUGCAGUUGAGGUCGGCGGCGCCCUUUUCUUUUUAGAUGUGCAGGAGGCCGGGAAAGGAUUAAUUCUUAACCAUUUCCUGUGUCCAAGCUGUGCCAGCAGUCCUGAGGGCCCUGACUUUGUCCCUCUGGCUGACCUGCCUCAGUUCCUGUUGGGGUGUUGAGUUGGUGUAUGUUCAAGUCCCGAUCGACCACUGAUGUUCCAGCUUAUGCCAAGCAGUGCAGGCCCACACCCCCAUCUCCCCAAGUAGGUGGUGUUAGAAAAUAUUGAUUUUUCCCCCCUCCCUUUUGUAUGGACUACAAAUAAAACUUGGGGCAAUUUGCAGUUUGGAA